GCGCGAUUUGCGUUGAAGAUUUGGGCAUUUUAUACGAAGAAUUUCAAAUAAUAAUUUCUGUCGGCAGACAGUAACCCAGCAGUAAAAUGGGAAUUGUCUUUAGUUUAUUCAACAACCUGUGCCGAACAUCAGCUCUACCAGCAAGACUUGAUAAAAAAUGUUACCAUGGUUUGAAAAAUCAGGGUGCAACCUGCUACCUGAACACCGUGCUGCAGUGUCUCUACAUGACCGAAGACUUCAGAAACUACAUAAAGAACUCUAAACAAUGUUCAGAGGAUUCUGAGGGAAGUGCUGCUCUGACUCAAGAACUUCAUAAACUCUUUGAAAAACUAGAAAGUGCUGUUGGUACUACUGAAGGAAUAACACAAUGUUUGGGCAUAUGUAAAGUUCAUGAGCAGCAAGAUGCACUAGAAUACUACCAAAAAAUUAUAAAAGCAGUCAGACCACCAGCAUCUGAGGUCUUUAAAGGAGAAAUGAGCAGCAACAGUAAGUGUCUACAUGGUCACCUUUCUGAAGAGAAGGAUCCCUUUAUCUCAAUUCCUCUAGCUAUAAAAACUGGACAAAAUGAAGUGUACAAAGUGGAGGAGGGGUUAGAGAAUUUUUUUGCACACUCAAAGUUAGAUGAAGACAACUGGCUGUAUUGUGAGAAGUGUGACCAAAAAAAUGAAAGUGAGACUUGGAAUGAGAUCAAAGUGUAUCCUGCCAUUCUGACUUUGUACCUGAAGAGGUUUGCCUUUGACUACAAGCAGAUGACACUGGUGAAGAAUAACUGUGUCAUGGAUAUUCCCCGAACACUAGACAUGAAAAACUGUGAAUAUGAUCUCUACGCGGUUAUUAACCACAGAGGUGGACGAAGUGGAGGGCACUACAAUGCUCUCAUCAAAUCCUUUGAAGAUAAUUUGUGGUACUGUUUUGAUGACAGUUCAGUUACAAAGGGUUCUAAGAAAUCUCUCAAUCACUCACGACUGGCCUACUUACUCAUGUACAAAAAAAAGGAGUCAAACCAAGGGAAGCAUCUAAUACAGUGGAUCCUUCUGCAUGUGGGGUUUGCUUUUCUGAUGAACCUGAAAUGUAACACAAUGACUAGUGCCGUUUUUUGUGGAGCUUAAAAUUGCUAAUGGAAUGAGGUUGGUAGGGGGACCCAGGCUGACACGCUUGAAUGUUUUUAUGUAUGUAUGUAUGUAUGUGUGUGUCUGUAUUUUAUUGUUUAUUGCUUUUUACCUCAACCUAACUGUUUUUCUUUAUUGUUGUAUUGCUGAUUACUUUAAGCUGCAGCCUUAUAAAAGUAUGUUAAAUAUGAUCUGAUUACAACGACAUCAGCUGUUGAUAGAAAUGUAUAAAUAAAAUGCAAAUCAAACUCUGUUUUACACUUUGGUUACAUUCAUGACAGUACAGGUAGUUACAGGAUAUUUCAAUUUCACCUCACUUGCAUGGCUUCGGACUGUGGUAGGAAACCAGAGAUCCUGGAGGAAACCCACCCAGACAUACAGAACAUUAAAACUCCACACAGAAAGGACCCGGAACACAUUUGGUGAUGUAUAAUUUGUAGGGCUAUCGUUAACUGCGUUAAUUAACACGAUUUAUGCGUUAAAAUGUUCAUUGCGAUUAAAAAAA